AUGAACCCGAUAAACCAUCCAGGAGCCCCCUACGGCGACCCCUACCGCCAGGCCGCCCAACACCAGGCCCAAUACCCCCAAUCCUACAACUACGCCGCACCCCCGAACAUGCCCACCGGCGGCCUACACCAUGGCGCCCCGCCCGACCUCGCUGCAAUCGCAAGACAGGGCUACCUGCAGCAGCAGCAAAAGCUGGCACAGAUGGGUCAGAUUGGUGUGCCGGGUAUGAUGCCAAAUCGAGGGGGCCUUCCGGGAGCGAGUCAGCCCCAAGGGUAUAUGGGGAUCACGCAGGAGAUGAGAGAGAAGCAUGCUAGGGAGAUGGCAAUGCGCGAGGCCGCGCUGAGAGAUGCCGUGGCGAGGGAUGCGGCGAAGAAAAAGGCUAGACAACUCAAGGGUACCCCCGCCCAGCAAAUGCUUCCCCGUCAAGGCGGAGGCUUCCAACCACCUAUGAGCUCUGAUCAGUAUAUCAAAAACGCCAUGACAUCUCCAGCAGUGCCGCAAGGCGAGCCUAUCGAACCUUGGGCAGAUUCGCUGGACGAGCUUGAUCCUCGAGAAUUGGCCAUGGCGAAAUUCCGAAAGAGACACGAGGUUAUUGGAGAGAUCUUUGGUCCAGAGACGGUCAAGGAGAUUGGGGAGGCUACGAAAGACUUUGAUCCUUGGUCCGGGCUUGACGGAGAGGCUUUACAAGAAAAGGUCGUCAGCCUUGAACAGGAGACGGCAGAUCUCGAGGAAAAGCUGGCGGCGGAGCUGGAAGCUUUCAAGAAACGGCUGAAGGAUAUCGACGCUGGAGAAGAGCUCUGA